AUGGAUGAGCUCGCCCGGCUGCGUCAGCAGUCACAGGCCCUGAGGUCCAGAGUGGAUGACGAGGACGAAGUGAAGAAACAGUUGGGAUGGACCAAAGUGAAGGAGGAGAAAACCGAGGAGCCCUCGUGUGAAGAGAAGAAGGAUGAGAAGAAGGAUGAGAAGAAAGAGGAAGAAGCAAAAAAAACUGUGGAUCGGAAGCCGGCUUCCGAAGAGCCGCCGGUGCAAAAGCCUGCGUGCAACAGACGCCAGAGCGCGAUGCUUCUGAAUCGCCUGAGGAAGAAUCCGAAAAGGCAGGAAGCCCUGCCCGCUUCCCUGAGAGAGAAGCUUGCAAAAGAGGAUGACGACUCCGUUUCGGACUUGAUCAGUGAGCUCAUAGAGCAUGGGGGCGACUUGCAGGAGCUGUGCAGCAGCUACGAGCGGCAAGUCGUGAAGGAGGUCAGCAGCCAGGAGCUGACGAAUUCAGCUCCCUACACGGAGCUGGAACUGAUCCAGAAAUACGGAGAGCGGGCGACAGAUGUCAUGAAAGAGAAGGAAGCCAGUGGAGAUUGGGCCGAAGAUCCAAACCUCCGAGGCUCCAAGAUCUUCUACCUUUCCAAGACAGAGAGGAACUGGGGGAGUUCCGACAUCGAUCGCCAGAUCGUGGGCGCCCGCACGAAUGUUCAUCGAGAUGAUUUGCCUGCUCUGAAAGAUCUUAUGCGGCCCGAACCGAGUGCUCUGAAACGACGGCUUGGACAGCCGUCAUCGUCCUCGGCUCCCCCGCCUUCGCCUUCGGUGCCAUCAACGCCUGCGACGGCCGAUCCGAAGGGUGUGCCAUCGGGAGAGAAGGAUACCCGAAAUCCGCCAGCACCCAAGAAGCCGAAGAAGAAGACGCUGGAAAACAUGACUGUGCUCGACAAGGGCGAGGACCUGGCGAAGAAAGCCCUGGCUGGGUCUACGUUGGCUGCCAAGCUGAAGACGGAGAUGGAAGCGAAUCCCUACGGCAAGGACUUGCUGAAAGAUCUGGCCAACGCCGAGAGCAACUUCAAGUGCCCCGCUCGCACUUAUACUUUCUCUCGUAGGGAACUGUUUUCGAUUCUGCCACAUGUGUGCGUGGCGCAUGUCACAUGCCAGGAAAUUGUACAACGAUGUGAAGGCAUUGUUGAGAGCCAAAGUGGAGGUGGAGGAGCAGUACCUCCCUUUCGGGAAGCAGUACGUGCUGCUGCUGCAAGAUAUGGAAAGGCCGAAGCAAGCAGCUGA